CUGACAGUCAAUAUGGCGGCAGAUUUUAAGUGUUUUGCUGACAGCAUCGUUAAUAAUAUGCAAUAAUGAAUGCGUUCUUGUUGUCAAAACAUCUCCAGAUAUAAAUUGUUCAAUACCAGAGUACUUCUUCUUUUUUCUACAAAAAUCCUUGCACAAAAGCUCGCUUUAAAGGGGCAAAAUGCCUCCAAAGCGCCGACUAAGAGGGGGUUCAAAUUCGAGCAAUUUAUUUCAUUAUAACAACCAAGUUGAAUUGACGUUUAAAGGUCAACCGAAGGAAGAGAUGUUGGAAAAAGUUACAGAAGUUGGAGAUUCGGGAUCCGAUGAUGAUAAUGAGAAUUUGCCUGUUCUUAGAAAGAAAGGGAAAAAGAAUGUGGACACGUCAAGUAGCUCUGAUUCCAGUAGUGCAAGUGAUAGUGACUCAGAACAAGUCACAAAUAAUGAGUAAGUCAUGUCUGUUGAAUAUGAGGGGAUUCAGAGGACCAAAAUGCGGUAUCGGGCCGAUUUUUGCCUUAUUGGUGGAAAAUCAGAAUUGGUGUAAAACCGAUAUUUGUUGAGAAAAUAUGCACGCCAGGGUGCAUUCUAAGUGCAAUACGCUGAAGAUCUUCGGUGUGAGUUUGGCACAUUACAAUACUAUCUAUAGGUAAUAUCGGCGCAUCUUCGGCGUAGAGUUUGCAUAGAAUGCAUCCUGGUAUGCACUUUACUUAAAAAAUUACAUGCUUUGCGCAUUGAUUGCUGCUGCUUGCUUUGGCCGGGGUGUGGUGGCAACGACCGGAAAGGCCAAGGAAAAAGUUUAACAAAAUUUGUUUUCUAGGCCUGCAUGGCGAGAUCUGAGACCAUAAUAUUGGUAAUUUUACAAAUUUAGUAGUAAGAAUAAUCAAAUAUGAAACUAUCAAAUCAAAAUAUAUGUAAUUUGCGGGGGUGCCAAAUGCCUUUGGGGGGGGGGGUGCAAAUAAUUUUAGGUGCCCCCCCCCCCCCGGAAAAUCUGUGCCUGGAUACUGCAACAAAAUUAUUGCGUGAAGAGAGCCAUUUACGAACGGUUUUAAUGAACUCUGGUUUGCGGUAACAUGUUAUGUUGGAAAUUAUUGUUGAAAAAUUGAAAUGAAUGACAUCACCUUUGUUUGGAAACCUGACAUUAUGAAGUCAUAAAAUCGGUUUCGGGUAGUGCUAAAAUAUGAUGCAUGUUUGCAGGCAAAGUUAGAAGUUAUUAAUUUUUCUUGCAGAUGCUAAAAAAAUAUUACAGUCGAUUUCAACUUACUUUUCACUAAAAUGUUGCGAACUUCGUUCCGAACUUCGCAAAUUCGUUGCCAAGUUCAAAAGUUCAUAAUGAAAUUCACAAACAGGUUUGUAAACUGAGCAUUUGAUUGGCUGGUUUGAUUUAAUAGCCAAUUAGAGGCUUUGUUUACAAACCUGUUUGUGAAUUUCAUUAUGAACUUUUGAACUUGGCAACGAAUUUGCGAAGUUUGGAACGAAGUUCGCAACAUUUUAGUGAAACGUAAGUUGAAAUCGACUGUAAUGAGCCCUGGAGUAAGUUCCCAUUGAGCUCUAGCACUCUCCCCUUGACAAAUAAAAUCAUCUGGCAUUCAGACAGAGUAAAAUAAUAAAGUAGAGCGCAUUAGAGUACAAUGCAACUUAAUACUUAUAAAUGGGUUAGUAUUAAUUUAUUUCAAAUAAAUACAAUAGCUUUAUGAUGGUAUAUAAUUCCACAGGGAAGACAAUGUAUAUGAAAUUGCUGAUGAUGAUAAUGAUGUUGGUCCCAGACCUCUUACCCCUCCACCACAUAUACCUCAUAUUGGUACGUCUGAAUUCAACCGACAAGCUGGCCGACUUUCAAGGUGAGGAUCCUUCUAACAAAAUCUACCCGUAAAUACUCGUUGGAUUAAAUGACAUAGUACGAUUGAAACAAGGAUUUUGAACUAAUGUAAAUAAGACUAUAAAAAUCUCAGAAAUUGCCAUUUUUCCUAGGGGUGUUGCCCCCUAAGGCGUAAAAAAAUACCUGUGGUUCCGGUUUCAUAUCGCAAAAAAAUAGGGUCGGUAGGUCGGAAAUAAAUUUUUUUUAAAAUAUUUUUUUCAUGUCAUUUGGCAGCAGCCCGCAACCACCCGGAAAAGAUAGGGUUGCACGGUCAAUUGCGUUGAAAAAAUAAUAGGGUUGGCAGAAAAAAAUAGGGUCGGUCGGGAACCGGAACCACAGGGGUUUUUUUACACCUAAUUCUCCCCCCACCCACCUUGAGAAAAAUCUGAAAAUCUGUUUAUGGUUAAAGCACAAUACUCUCUCCUUGAUGAAUAAAAUCGUCUGGCAUUAGACAGAGUAAAACUAUCAAUCUAAGGUUUUUGUGAAAUAUUGGGGGCAGUUACCUCUGCCCCUACCCCCUAACGUCCCCACUUGUCCCUCCAUGGUUCCCUAACUUCUGCAACAACGAAGUAUUUCAGCAAGAAUAUUUCACUCCAAAUUAGAACUAUGGGAGAAAAAAUGAGAUACCUCCAGUACCUACAAAAGGAGGACACACCAUCCCCAGUGGCCAGCUGGUCUGAUGUUGUUAUGGUCAAUGACAAUUAUGGCACACCAAACUCCAUCAAUAGAAAAAUGACGGUUCGAAUACGAACAAGAGGCGGUGUGGAACGAUUUCAAUUAAAAAAGGUAUGGAAAUUUUAUGAAUGUGGUCCUGUUAGUGUUAGGCUCUUUCAACCAUGACCCUUAUUGGAGGGGGACCUCUAGCUGUCUAGCAAGUACUGAGAAUAGGUCACACAUUCCAAAAUUGUAGCGCAAGUGUUCAAUGUGGAAUUUUUUCUUGUUCCUGGAUACCAAAGUGAAGCAAAAGAAAGACGAUGCCGCUGUUCACACGAAGCCGCCAAGUGCUCCGUUUUCGUCUAACUUCGUUUAGAAACCGUACUCAAAUUGUUGCGGGCAAAAGUGACGUUUUCAAUUCAAACAAUUUCACUUCGCCUUGUGUGAACGCAACGGCUAAUUGGGACUUUUCUGCGCCGUUUUCAGACCUCUCUUCGAACUGAUAGAGCUAUUCAAUAUCAAGUUAGUUUAGUUAACCUUGAGCAAAGUUGAUGUGCAAUUAAUAUGUUUUUAAUACUUUCUGUUUGUGGAAACACCACGUAAAUUUAUUACUGAAAAAAGUAAUAAAUAACUAAAUUGCAGUAAUAAAUUUACGUUGUGUUUCUGUAAACAAAAAGUAUUACAUUUAAAUUUUUAUUUUCAAACAUUAGAAUGAAAAGUUUGAAGAGAUUUUCAAUGAGCUGGCCAAGAAACAUAACGUAAAUAUUGAUGCUCUGUCGCUCUCAUUUACUGAUACACAAGGAAACUUCCAGACGUUGAAAUCAGUAGAUACUCCAAGCUCAGUUAAUUUGAAUGUUGCUGAUAUUAUUGGUAGGUUGUCUUAACCAAGGCCUGACCAAAACUAUCCUACCUGCAGUUCUGGUUUCCAGACCCACCCCAGUUUUUUUGCCGACCUUGCAGUCGCGCUACCGUGCUUUUAUUUUGGGCGGGGGGGGGAGUCAACUUAAUAAUUUGCGAGCAGGGCAUUGGAAAGUGACUUGAAAUCGACAAAAAAAUGUAUUUUAUAAUUGCUUGUUUAUUUUUAUUCCCAGAUUGUGUGAUUGUGCAUUCUGCACCUCUAAAUGUGUCGUUUGAAAAUGGUGACAAUGUUGUAAGUAUAAAGAUCCAGGGCUCAGAGAGUGACACAGUAAAACAAUUCAAAACAUUGAAGGUAAGUCUAACAUGAGUCAGAUGGAUGGACAAUCUGUAUAAACAGGUCACUUAUAAGGCAAUAAGUUAAUUAGUAAUAGGUGCUGAUAUGUGAACUAAUAUAUGAUAUACUUUAAUUGGAUGGGUAUUGGCGAAGUUUUUUAUAUUCUUAAAGAAGUAUAUUCUAGUGAAGCGAAUUCGCUAUUGUAAACUACAAAUUGAUAUCAAAAGAAAAAAUUCUGGAAUGAGCAGGAUAGAAAUGCUAGAAUGGAAAUAGUGAUUAAAUUAAACAUUCCCCUCCUUAACCUUAAUCGGUAAUCAUUAUAAUUUUAGUUUUGUUUUCGCAAGUGUGAUAAGACCUAUAAUGUUAAUAUGUGAAUAAGUCUGAUAUUGUUUGCGCGUAACAAGUUGAUAACAACAAACUCGUAGCAACUUGUUAAGAACAGCCUGUAUUUAGUCUUGUUGGAAAAACUUGUAGCAAGUCUUUACCGUCAUCAACCAUGUACUGAUAACAACUUCUUCCAUACUUGUCACAACUUGUUACAGUACAACGUGAUGUUUUUUAUGUUACCCUGAGUGUGCAUCCACACUGAGCUACGUGGUCAAGACGGUUCGAGCCGACUUGACCACGAACCGACUUGACCACGUAGCUCAGGUGGCAGAGCAUUGGACUAGUAUCCCAAAGGUUGCGGGUUCGAUUCCCACCGUGGCCAAACUAACUUUUCAGCUUUCCCGGUGUGGAUGCACACUCAGAGUAACAUCACAAACAUCAUAUUCACCUGAGUACAUAACACCAACACACACAAAAUAAACAAUAGAACUUGUUUGCAGAUAUGUAACUUCAUGUGUAUUUUUACGUAUGUAGUCGUUAAAUUUCAGGACGCUUGCCAGAAGACCCAUAGAUGCAUUAUUCGCAGCUGCUCCUGGUGUAAAAUUUACAUUCGAAAUUUCCAUAUAUACAAAAACAUUUCUAUCGAAUGAGAUGCCCAGAGUUCUGAUAUUAUUUUUUUAUUACUUUGCCCGUCUGUAGAAUGAGCCACUGUGCAAAAUCAUGCAGCAGUAUGCAGACUUCCGUCAACUACCUUUAGCCAAACUCAAGUUUUCAUUCGAUGGCGAGGUUAUGACGUCAGAACAAUCCCCGGAUGAUCUCGAUAUGGAUGACGAGAAUGUUGUAGAUGUACAGAUAAAAUAAUGGAUUACUGCGCCUAAGAUUAAUUGUUUAGAGAAAAAUUUGCCAGAAUUUUAUAUGACUAGGAACAAUGUUUCCUGGUUUGCCCACCUUUGGGAAACACGACUAGGGAACAUUUUUUCCUGGUUUGCCCACCUUUGGGAAACAUGGCUAGGAAACAAUGUUUCCUGGUUUGGCAACCUUUGGGAAACACAACUAGGAAACAAUGUUUCCUGGUUUGCCCACCUUUGGGGAACAUGGCUAGGGAACAAUAUUUCAGAUUUUUUUCCCACAGUUUGACCUUGGUAUUACGUUCCUACAAUCACGUCUUGUUGACAUGAUUGACACAAAACAUAGGGGCUUCUUUCUGUAGUUGUAACCAAUUGUAUAAUACGAUGACGUCUCGAUUGUAUAAUGAGCAAAUCUGCUGUUUUGUGAAAUUUGUAGAUAUGGAUGUGGAAUUUUGUCUACAGUUACAAAAUUGUAUGACAGUUUAAUAUUGUAGUAUUGGCUGUUUAAUGCCAGCGCAAAGUUAAUUAUUCAUAGUACAAAUAAAAAUAGGUACACAAGCGAACAUGUGUGCGCAAG